CCCAUACUGUUCCAAACGGCCGAGAGCCACUUUCUCUUUCUCCUUAUCCACCAUCAGUCCAUCACCUACCUUUCCAUCGACUUUCAGGCUUCCAUAUCGUUCUCAGUUCCCCCAAUGUUCGUCAAUUGUUUGUAACUACUAAUUCAGUCUCCGCUGCUUCCAAAUCCUCCUCCUGCGGGUAUGGCUGUUUCACCAGGCCACUGCCCUCCCGUCGCCGCCACCGCUCUCACUCCCAACUUUGCUCUCACACAAACACAACUAAGUAAUUCUCUGGGCCUCAAUUUCCUAAUCACACCCCUCAAACUUCGAGGAGGACAACGCACUCAAGUUAGACCACCUGUGAGGCCAGCGGCAGCAUUGGGUGGAUUUCUUGGCGGGAUUUUCGGCUCCGGCACUGACACCGGGGAGACCGCCCGGCAGCUUUACGCCAGCUCCGUUGCACAAAUCAAUAAGAUGGAGUCCGAGAUUUCAUCUCUCUCCGAUUCUCAAUUGAGGGAAAGGACAUCCGCCUUGCAAGAACGCGCCAGACGUGGUGAUUCCUUGGACUCGCUUUUACCUGAAGCAUUUGCUGUUGUCAGAGAGGCUUCCAAAAGAGUGCUUGGUCUUCGUCCAUUUGAUGUACAAUUGAUAGGUGGCAUGGUUCUCCACAAAGGAGAAAUUGCUGAAAUGAAAACAGGGGAAGGAAAGACACUUGUUGCUAUCCUGCCUGCUUUUUUAAAUGCGUUGGCUGGAAAAGGUGUUCAUGUUGUUACUGUUAAUGACUAUUUGGCUCGAAGAGAUUGUGAAUGGGUCGGACAAGUUCCACGUUUUCUUGGAUUGAAGGUUGGCCUAAUUCAGCAGAAUAUGACAAGUGAACAAAGGAGGGAAAACUAUCUAUGUGACAUUACAUAUGUUACAAAUAGCGAGCUGGGCUUUGAUUUCUUAAGAGAUAAUCUUGCCAUGAGUGUCGAUGAGCUUGUCUUGAGAGGUUUCAAUUACUGUGUGAUUGAUGAAGUUGAUUCCAUUCUUGUCGAUGAAGCAAGAACUCCUCUCAUAAUAUCAGGACCUGCAGAAAGACCAAGUGAUCGUUACUAUAAAGCUGCUAAGAUAGCCACAGCUUUUGAGCGAGAUAUACAUUACACUGUUGAUGAGAAGCAGAAGACAGUGUUACUUACUGAACAGGGUUAUGCAGAUGCUGAAGAAAUUCUUGAUGUUAAAGAUUUAUAUGACCCAAGAGAGCAGUGGGCAGCAUACAUAUUAAAUGCCAUAAAAGCUAAGGAACUUUUUCUUAAAGAUGUGAACUACAUAAUCAGAGGCAAAGAGGUUUUUAUAGUGGAUGAAUUUACUGGCCGAGUGAUGCAGGGGAGACGGUGGAGUGAUGGACUACACCAGGCAGUUGAAGCAAAAGAAGGCCUGCCCAUACAAAAUGAAACUGUCACCUUGGCUUCUAUUAGUUAUCAAAACUUCUUUCUCCAGUUUCCGAAACUUUGUGGUAUGACUGGCACUGCUGCUACUGAGAGUACAGAAUUUGAGAGCAUAUACAAGCUUAAAGUUACAACUGUUCCCACAAACAAGCCAAUGAUAAGAAAGGAUGAAUCAGAUGUGGUAUUCAGAGCAACUACAGGAAAAUGGCGGGCAGUUGUAGUAGAGAUAUCUCGGAUGAACAAAACAGGUCGACCGGUGCUAGUUGGCACAACUAGUGUUGAGCAAAGUGAUGCAUUAUCUGGACAACUACAUGAAGCUGGAGUUCCACAUGAGGUUCUGAAUGCAAAACCAGAAAAUGUGGAAAGAGAAGCUGAAAUUGUAGCUCAAAGUGGUCGUCUUGGUGCAGUUACAAUUGCAACAAAUAUGGCUGGCCGUGGUACUGACAUAAUCCUUGGGGGUAAUGCGGACUUCAUGGCUAGAUUAAAGUUACGAGAGAUUUUGAUGCCAAGAGUUGUGAGGCCAGGUGAAGGUGUUUAUGUUUCUGUGAAGAAACCAGCUCCAAAGAAAACAUGGAAGGUUAAUGAGAGCCUAUUUCCAUGCAUAUUAUCCAAUGAGAACACUAACCUGGCUGAGGAAGCUGUACAGUUGGCUGCCAAAACAUGGGGUCCGAGAUCCUUGACUGAGCUUGAAGCAGAAGAACGGCUCUCCUAUUCUUGUGAAAAGGGUCCUGUUCAAGAUGAGGUCAUUUCAAAGCUGCGCAAUGCCUUUCUGGAAAUCGUUAAGGAGUAUAAGUCUUACACAGAAGAAGAAAGGAAGAAGGUUGUAUCUGCUGGUGGACUUCAUGUUGUGGGUACUGAACGUCAUGAGUCACGCCGAAUUGACAAUCAGUUACGUGGUCGUAGUGGCAGACAGGGAGACCCUGGAAGCUCUCGAUUUUUUCUGAGUCUUGAAGACAACUUGUUUCGUGUAUUUGGUGGAGAUCGAAUUCAGGGCUUGAUGAGAGCGUUCAGAGUUGAAGACUUACCAAUUGAAUCCAAAAUGCUAACAAAAGCUCUGGAUGAAGCUCAAAGAAAAGUGGAGAAUUACUUCUUUGACAUUAGAAAACAGUUAUUUGAUUAUGAUGAGGUUCUGAACAGCCAAAGAGAUCGAGUGUACACAGAGAGGAGGCGGGCGUUAGAAUCUGAUGAUCUCCAACCUCUCCUGAUUGAAUAUGCUGAAUUGACAAUGGAUGAUAUCCUAGAGGCCAACAUUGGUUCUGAUGCUCCCCGAGAAAGCUGGGAAGUUGAGAAGCUUAUCGCAAAACUUCAGCAGUAUUGCUAUCUUCUGAAUGAUUUGACCCCAGAUUUGCUGGAUGAUAAAUGCUCGACGUAUGAUGAGUUGAGAGAUUAUCUACGCCUUCGUGGACGUGAUGCGUAUCUUCAAAAACGGGAAAUAGUGGAGAGGGAAGCCCCAGAUUUGAUGAAAGAAGCUGAAAAGUUCUUGAUAUUGACCAAUAUUGAUCGCCUAUGGAAGGAACAUUUGCAAGCGCUAAAAUUUGUUCAACAAGCUGUUGGUCUAAGGGGAUAUGCCCAGAGGGAUCCACUGAUUGAGUACAAACUUGAGGGGUACAAUCUUUUUGUAGAAAUGAUGGCAAGAAUAAGAAGGAAUGUGAUCUAUUCUAUUUACCAGUUCCAACCUGUCUUGCUGAAGGAGCAAAACAAUGUAAGACGUGGAGAACAAAGCGAAGCCGUUGCCAAUGGAAAGGGAGGCCAGCGCGGGACUUCUGACAGUGUAAAUGCUGCCGUGCUGCCGCCCUCUUCAUCUGGAGUUGGUCAGCAGGCAAGUAACUGAAUCUUAAUUGCUUUUGUAGAUUCAUUUUAAUUUUUUUUUUUUUUUUUUUGAA